UUUUUACUGUUGAGUAACUGCAUGCUGGUCUGCGUGUGCUGGAGAGAGUGAGAGAGCGAGCUAGAGGAAUAAAGUGCUCCACCUGGAUCUUAUCGGAGUCCGCUCUCGCCUUCCCCUCUCUCGCCUUCCCCUCUACUUCUUGGUUUCGGCUUGUGUCCAUUUAAGUUGGGGAGGCCCUGGAGAGGACACACAAUGGAGCGAAGAGCCUGUGGCAACUGGGCCGUUGUACUACUGAGAGGGGGAUGGGGUAGAGAGAGGACCGGUUCACACAGCUAACACAGCCUGCCGGCUGUAGGCUUCAACAGCCUUUCCUCCCCGCCUGGACCCACUGUUUCCAGGCUGGGGCCUUUUUUGUGGAUCUGCCACCCUCAAACAACGCUUGGACUACAUUAAGGAUUAAUUACCGCGUUUUGUGGGAUUUUAGGAUACAUACUGGAGCCUGAAGAAUAAUACCUCCCUGUGUUUUGGAUAAGAGAAACGAAAAAACAAACUUCGGUGUAGUUCUUCUUGCCUGUUUUUGGUUUCUGUUUCAGUUUAGUGGAGUUCGUAAAUGGAUUACAAGAUGCAUGCCAAGUCAAACGAUUUGCUGGAUUUUCAAAAACUGGAUGCCCUCCUGGAAAAAAUUGCACAUUCAGUCUCUGUGAAAAGAGAGUCCAGCGAGGAGUGCAAUGGGAUCAGCGGUGCUCUGUCAGUGGAGUCUGUGCCGGGGCCAAGACUGAACUGGUGUCCUGCCAACACCACUACCCCUGCCCCUGCAGCUCCAGCUCCUGCUCCGGGGCCCGAGCCUGCGCCCAACCCUGUUAGAAUGGGGGACGGCCUGGAUGCAGCGCAGAUGUCGGGCAGCAGCAGCAGCCAGGGGCAGGCCCAGCAAAUGGGCAACCCCCCACCCCCAGAGUACAUCAAUCCCAACAGGCCAAAGCGCCAGACCAAUCAGCUGCAGUACCUGCUUAAGGUGGUGGUGAAGGCCCCGGGAACAUUGUUUUAG